UAUUAGAUGGCUUAAAAAUUUAAAGAGAGAUUACUAUAAGGUAUCACCUUCCUUAUCAUAUUUCUAGGUACUGGAGUGUCAAACAAGAAAUUUGAAUCUGAUUAUGCUAUGAAAUUGAUGCAAAAGAUGGGAUGGAAUCAAGGCCAAGGACUGGGCAAGAAUAAAGAUGGUCAAACUGAUUGUGUCCAGAUCGAAAGAAGAGCUGAAUAAUUGGCUGUAAGCCCAUUUGUUUUAUCCCUCUAGCUCGGAGCCCAACAGUACAGUCUGGGAUAAAGUUGGAAUGACUUGUGGUGGGAAUAGAGCUAUUCAAGCAGUCUCAAGAAUCUUAAACCCAUUUCCACUAAAAAUGUAAUCACUCUCUUCCUAUCAAUAUUAGCUUCCGCAACCGAUCUCCUCAGAUGAAGAAGACAAAUUCUCAGAUUAUGAAAAACACAAGAUCAAUCGUUCCAAAAAACCAAAAACUUAUGCAUAAUCAGCUAAAGUUCUGAUUGAAUAAGAUAGUGACUCAGAAGAUGAUACCUUUAUUGCAAUUCAAAAGAAAAAAAUUAAAAAGACAAAAUGAUCAUAAAUAAAUCACC